ACAGUGUAAGAUUUCCUCAAACCGAAGUGGCCGAGGAAGUGGCCCGGAUCGGAUAUAGAGCGGUGCCCCGGUUGGUUCGCCGCCAAGGAUUGGUAAAUUUUUCCUUUCGUUUUUUCUUAACCGCCAUGGCACGACGCGACUUUUUUCUUCGUCUUCUUCCCAUUUAUAAAUACCGCCCUUCUAGUCCGUAAACCCAACUAUUAGACCUCCCGCCCUCUCCCUGCACUUGUCCGUCGACAAUCAAACGGCCCUUUUUUCAUCCAUUUUUGUCUAAUACCCCACCCAAGAUGCCCAGUACUGACGAAGAGCACGGAGGCUUGGUGUCGAGAGAGGAUACCUUUGUGGGGAGACCUAGGAGGUUGUCGUUGUUGGUGCACUACUUGAAGGAGGAUGUCGAUCCCAAACAAUGCACAGUCCCUCUUGCUGCUUAUUGUUUUAUGACCGGGUUCAUGGACGCGGUCUGUUUUUCUGCGAUAUUUGUAUGGUGUGGGUUCCAAACUGGGAAUUUUAUCCAACUUGCUGUCGCUCUUGCAAGACUUUUCGAAGGCUCGCCCGGAAAUCGAGAUCAGACUUUCCACAAGGCUGAUCAGCAAGCUCUCGCUUCACUCGUUGCCUUUAAUGCUGGUGCCUUUAUCGGUCGUUUGGGUGAUCGUAUAGGGGCUCACAAGCGGAUUUGGCUGAUGUUCGGCACGUUCCUGCAGACUCUUUUCACUAUGGCAGCUGCAGUGACGAUAUGGAAGAGCGGUUCGGGAUCCAUAGCUGAUCACCGAGCUGAUCCAGCUUGGACGAAUGGCCUCUCCUAUGCGGCUAUCGUUUUUAUGAGUGCCAGUCUUGGUCUCCAAGGUAUACAAGCCAAAAGGUUGAACACACAGUUUACUACAACAAUUGUUCUCACCACCGUCUGGGUUGAGCUUAUGACGGAUCCUGGCCUCUUCAAUCUCCGUCAAAAAGUCAUCACGCGCGACCAUAAACUUAUCGCCGCAGGUGCUCUUUUCAUUGGAGGCUUUACUUCUCGUGCGAUUUUGGCUAAACUUGGGACCGGAGGUACUUUGGGAGUUGCUGUGGGAUUUAGAAUAUUGAUCACCUUGGCGUGGUUGUUUGUUCCUGCUAAACCUCAGAAGGCACCCAAGGCAUGAGCUUUCCCCCCGCCCCCCUCCUUUCUCUUUCUCUUUCUCGUACUUGGGGCUGUUCUUUACAAGAACGUCCGAUAGGGUCGAUUGUUGUGAUUGAUGCAUUUUAGAUUUCCCUUUCUUUUACAUAUUCAACAUAUUCAGGUGUACGAUAGAAUCAUAGAAACAAGCAUUGUUUUUCUUCUCGGUUC